ACUCGCCUCCAUUCAGUGUCCUCCACCCCUGUCUGCCAAUCCCUCCACUGGCCUCCACUCAGUGUCCUCCACCCCUGUCUGCCAAUCCCUCCACUGGCCUCCACUCAGUGUCCUCCACCCCAGUCUGCCAAUCCCUCCACUGGCCUCCACUUAGUGUCUUCCACCCCUGUCUGCCAAUCCCUCCACUGGCCUCCACUCAGUGUCCUCUACCUCUUGUCCUCCACCCCAGUCUGCCAAUCCCUCCACUGGCCUCCACUUAGUGUCCUCCACCCCUGUCUGCCAAUCCCUCCACUGGCCUCCACUCAGUGUCCUCUACCUCUGUCUGACAAU